UUAUGUUUGUGUCUGCAUUUUCUAGCAUGUCUCUGUUUAUUUUGAGACGGACUUUGCUUUUUGCGUUAAUGGUUGGAGCCGUCUACACCUGUACGCUGAUGAAUCACACCAUAUGGCUUGAGAAGAAAAACUGUACCCAGUGUGUGGCAGUCAACACGACCAUAUGCAGUGGCUACUGCUAUACGAGAGAUACCAAUCUGAAGGGCAGCUUUGGCAGGGCUUUCCUGAUUCAGCGGAGCUGUGUGCCCAUCUCCCUUGUGUACCGGGCUGCCUUCAUUCCUGGCUGUCCUCAGGAUGACAGCUCACAGUUGUAUUAUCCCGCGGCCCGCUGCUGCAGCUGCAGGCGCUGUGACACGCGCACGCACCACUGUGUCAAACCCAGACCGUACUCUUACGAUCAGUGCUCUGUGAAACUUGGUGGUGUGGAGAAACAGAAUCUGAAAUGUUUUGGAAACUUGACAACAUGCUCAUAAAAGCAAUGCACCAACAUGUCAAAUGGCAGUGGACCAGCUGAAUGAGUAGUAUUUGUACUAGAUGGCUGUAGCGUUUUCUGUAGUUCGAUUGGAAACUGAUACAGCAAUG